GGGAGCAAAGUGAUGCUCACAACCGCAGAUCCUCUCCAGUAUUCCUACUUGGUCCACAUCCAGAUCCUCCAUCAUGUCUCUGAGCACGAAAUCCUACGGCCAGAAAACGCUGAGCGUCUACGGUGGAGCCGGCGGCCGCGGCACCCGCAUCUCCUCCGCCCAGUCAUGCUACGUCGCCGCUCCUGGCUUCAACCUGGCCGAUGGCCUGGACCUCCACGUCGGUGCCAACGAGAAGGCCACCAUGCAGAACCUGAACGACCGUCUGGCUUCUUACCUGGAGAAGGUGCGCAGCCUGGAGAAGGAGAACCAGCGCCUGGACAAGCAGAUCAGAGACUGGUACCAGAGCAGAACGGUCAUCAGCCGCGACUACUCCAGUUACUUUGCCAUCAUUGAUGACCUGAAGGAUAAGAUCUGUGUUGCCGCCAGGCUGAAUGCCAAGACAAUUCUGGAUAUUGACAACGCAAAAUUGGCUUCUGAUGACUUCAAAAUGAAGUAUGAGAAUGAGCUGGCCAUGAGAAUGACCGUGGAGGCCGACAUCGCUGGGCUGAAGAAGAUGCUGGAAGAGAUUAACUUGGCCAGAGUGGAUCUGGAGUGCCAGGUGGACGGUCUGAAGGAUGAGCUGAUCAUGCUGAAGAAGAACCACGAAGAGGAAUUGGUUCUGCUCAGGAGUCAGAUGGGCGGUCAGGUUAACGUGGCAGUGGACGCGUCGCCGUCUCCAGACCUGAACCAGAUUAUGACGGAGAUCAGAGAUCACUAUGAGGCUAUGAUCGCCAAGAACCGCAGGGAGCUCGAGGCCUGGUACCAGAACAAGAUCGCAGCAGUAGAGCAGGAAGUGAUGACACAGUCAGAGUCUCUGGUGACCUCCCGCUCAGAAAUCAAGGACCUAAAGAGCACUCUCCAGAGGCUCCAGAUUGAACUGCAGUCCCAUCUCAGCAUGAAAGCAUCCCUGGAGGGCAGCCUGGAGGAGACACAGUGCCGCUACGCUGCACAGCUAGCAGGCCUCCAGAACAUAGUAGUGAGUUUAGAGGCUCAGCUUUCACAGAUCCACGCCAACAUCACCAGCAAUAAGCACGAGUACGACAUGCUGUUGGAUCUUAAAACUCGACUGGAGCUGGAGAUUGCAGAGUACAGACGGUUGCUGGAUGGAGAGAAUGACAGUAGCUCAAAGCAAGUGAUCACCAAGAUCACCACGGUGAUGGAGACGGUCGUGGAUGGGAGGGUGGUUGAGAGCAGCAAGACUGUGGAUAUAGAUGUGGAUCAGAUUGAGUGAUACCUUGGAAGAGACUCCAACUCAGGAUGUCCUAAUCCGGUCCUCGAGCCCGCUAUCUUGCGCGUUUUAGAUUUUCCCCUCCUCCAACACACCUGAUUCAAAUGAUCAGCUCAUGAGCAAGCUCAGCAGAAGCCUGAUAAAAUCAUUUCUACAUGAUGUGUUGGAGGAGUGAAACAUCUAAAACAUGCGAUUUAGACACCUCUAUGUCUGACCUAAUAAAGAUCGUGUGGUUAA